CCCCUUCUUUCACUGAUCGGGCUACACAGAGCCACAAAAUCCUGCUGUCGGCACAUCGCCCGUUCAGAGUGAAGAUGGUCGGCGGUCCGUGCGCUCGUAGGUUGGCUCGCCGCUCACGGUCCGCCUUGAUAGCCGCGCUCACCGUCUUGCUUGUGCAAACGCUGAUCGUUUGGAACUUCAGCAGCUUAGACUCGGGCGAAGACCGAGAGAACGGCGGCUCCAACAGUCUGGAAAAGCGGGACGGGGUCGGGGUCGGGAGCACCAGAAACAAUAACCGAGCCGGCAGCGAGUACCUUAACCGCGGGGAUAAGCAACAACAUCAUCAGGCUCCGCUGAGAAAGGGACACGCUGUGCACAAGCAGCAGCCGGACGGCUAUUACUCUCACCGGCCCAAGGAGAAAGUGCGAGUGGACAGCAACAACGAAAACUCGGUACCCAAGGACUUUGAGAACAUUGAUAACAGCAACUUUGGGGCGCGCUCCCAGCCGCAGAAGCAGGCGCUGAACAAACACAAGGAGCCGCUUCAAGAGAAAUCACAGGCGAAGGAGCGCUGGAAAGAGAACGCCCUGAUCCUGGGUAAGAACUCCAACGAGGUGAUCCAAUACAGGGAGGCCAGAGCGGCAGUGACCCCGCCGGUUCGGAACCAUAGCAAGACUAACCCCGGGGUCCAGACGGGCCACAGGACAGCCAAGCUGCAGCCAAGCCCCAGUCACAUCACUCGCCCGCAUCACCAGCAGCUUCAUGGCAAGAAGGGAACGGCCGGAGCCAUCGCCUCACCCCAAAUCAAAUACGACCAGCCGCCCAAGUGUGAGAUCACCGGCAAGGAAGCCAUCUCCGCCCUGUCCCGAGCCAAGACCAAGGAAUGCCGCCAGCGUAUCGCAGAGGUUUACUGCCAGCACAAAGAAAGGCUCCUCAUGCCUGAGAAAGUCACCCGCUUCUGUCCUUUAGAAGGUAAGGCAAAUGUGAACCUGCAGUGGGACGAGGACUCAGUGGAGGCCCUGCCCCCAAACCCGGUGCGGAUUGCUUUUGUCCUGGUGGUGCAUGGCCGGGCCUCCCGCCAGUUGCAGAGGUUGUUCAAGGCCAUCUACCACGCUGACCACUACUAUUAUAUCCACGUGGACCAGCGCUCAAACUAUCUCCACAGACAGGUAGUGGCGAUGGCCAGUCACUACCCCAACGUGCGGGUCACUCCCUGGCGCAUGUCCACCAUCUGGGGAGGAGCCAGCCUGCUGACCAUGUACCUGCAGAGCAUGAAGGACCUGCUGGACAUGAGCGACUGGAACUGGGACUUCUUCAUCAACCUGAGUGCGGCCGACUAUCCCAUUAGGACAAAUGAUCAGCUGGUGACCUUCCUUUCCAAGUACAGGGACAUGAACUUCCUCAAGUCACAUGGCAGAGACAACGCUAGGUUUAUCCGGAAGCAGGGGCUGGACAGGCUUUUCUUCGAGUGUGACACCCACAUGUGGCGUCUCGGGGAUCGCAAGAUUCCGGAGGGCAUCACCGUGGACGGCGGCUCGGACUGGUUCCUGUUAAACAGGAAGUUUGUGAACUACGUCAUCAACUCCCAGGAUGACCUGGUGACCAACAUGAAGCGCUUCUAUUCCUACACGCUGCUCCCCGCUGAGUCCUUCUUCCACACUGUUCUGGAGAACAGUCCUCACUGCGAGAGCAUGGUGGACAACAACCUGCGAGUCACCAACUGGAACCGCAAGCUGGGCUGCAAGUGCCAGUACAAGCACAUCGUGGACUGGUGCGGCUGCUCUCCCAACGACUUCAAGCCCGCGGACUUCCACCGCUUCCAGCAAACCGCUCGGCCCACGUUCUUCGCCCGGAAGUUCGAGGCAAGUGUGAACCAGGAGAUCGUGACUCAGCUGGAUGGGUUACUGUUCGGCAGCCUGCCCUCCGGCACCCCUGGUCUCAAGGCAUACUGGGAGAAUGUCUUUGACGAGCCGGACGGGGCGCAUAGCCUCUCCGACUCCCAGCUCACCUACUACCACGCCUUUGCACGGAUGGGGCUGCAGAGAGCCACCAACUCCUUGCAGGGCGACCCCAACGACAGCAGCUGCAGGUAUUUCCCAAUGGGACACCCUGUGUCAGUCCACCUGUACUUCCUGUCAGACCGUUUCCAAGGUUACCUGGUGAGGCACCAUGCCACCAACCUGGCGACCAGCAAACUGGAGACGCUGGAGACCUGGGUGAUGCCCAAGAAGGUGUUCAAGAUCGCCAACCCGCCCAAAAACUUUGAGAGGCUCCAAUUUGCAGAGAUUGGCACAGAGUGGGAUGCCAAGGAGCGCAUUUUCCGGAAUUUCGGGGGGCUGAUGGGCCCGACGGACGAGCCAGUGGGGAUGCAGAAGUGGGGGAAGGGGGCCAACGUGACUGUGACCGUGGUCUGGGUGGAUCCCACCAACGUGAUCGCAGCCACCUACGACAUCCUGAUCGAGGCGAGCGCCGAGUUCACACACUACCGGCCACCGCUCAACCUGCCGCUGCGGCCCGGCACCUGGACUGUCAAGGUGCUGCACCACUGGAGCCCGGUCGCAGAGACGCGCUUCCUCAUCACCCCGCUCGCCUUCCACAACGGCCAGCCCAUCAGACAAGAUGAUGCUUUGAGGCUGCACAACGGACCGGCCAAGAACAGCUACAUGGAGCAGAGCUUCCACGGGCUCAAUCCGGUGCUGAACAUCCCGGUACACCUGGGGCAGGUGGAGGCGGCCAAGCGCAAUGCAGGGCUGACCGGCAGCGAGCUGGAGCGCUGGGUGGACGAGCUGGUGGGAGCACACUGGUCUGCACUGGACGUGUGCUCCGUGGGGCCUAGCGGCUGUCCGGUCAUGCAGGCCUGCAGCCAGACCACGUGGAGCGCGCUCAGCCCCGACCCCAAAGCCGAGCUUGGGCCAAUCAGAGCAGACGGUCAUCUCAGGUAGCGCCCACUGCUGGACGGGAGGCUCACUUGCUAUUUAUUUUUUAUUGCAACCGUUUUUAUUCAAGCGUUACUGCUUCUUAAACAAGUGAAGGCUGCUAAUAUUAUAUAUUAGUAACGGUAUUGCCUUCGGUCAGGCAGCUUUUGAUUUUAUUAUGGAAGGGAAGUCUAGACUGUGAUUUAAGAAGCAAACUAUUUUGAGCCAUUUAGGUCAAAUACAGUACCUACCUUGUGUUAUUUUAAACUUAGUUUCUCAAUCCUAAAUUCGAAGCCUUCCCAAUUGUGCGACUGUGACUCUGACAAAGCCUUCCUUUCAAAACUAUUUUCUAAGUUUCUAUUUUGUAUUACUGGACAUGCACACUAGUAGCUACAUUGUAGUCAUCCUGACCCAAGGGGAUACCGAUAUACACUUUCUUAUUGUGCCAGUCACUGUAUUCACACAGUGACCUCACAAUGGGGACACAAAGAUGUUUUAGGGUGCCAAUUUGUGCAAACAUUGCCUUUCUGUUAAUUUUGAUGUACUCUUUCGUCUACUCUGCAUUACCUUAUUUAAAACAUGGAAGCACACAGAAAGGGGAAGCUUAUUUUAAGUUCAUGGCUGGCAACCAGGCAACCUAUAACUGUACCAUUAGUUGACGGCACUGUGGUUGGGUACGUGACAUAGGUUGUUAAGGAAGUAUAGCGGGCUUCCCAAAAUGUAAUAAAAAAAAUUAUAAUAGUAAGCCUAAAAAAUGUAAAGUCAGCACAUCAGGAAGCUGAACAGUGCAGCUGCAGAUGUUACAGCUGGUAUUUUUUUUUUUUAAUGUUCAGGCUUUUGUUGUUUUGUUUGUUUUUUAUUUUUUAUUUGGAUACUGCAGGCUGCCUGAAACUUGAAUUAUGGGAUGUCAGCUGCGCUGGCAUUCCGGGAGAAAAUAUCCUAAGGCUUUUUUUUUUUUUUUUUUUUAGGGGAAAACAAAUGGAAGCACAGAGAGAGAGUAACGUUUUAGCUAUUUAUUUAUAAAUAUAUAUUUUUAGUCAAUGACUAAUGACUACAUGCUGCAUUUGCAGCUUGGUGAAUAUUUCAAUCUUUAACAAGCUGCCUUUAUUUACAAAGGCCCUCACCCUGACUUACAGCAUUCCAUCCCCUCCCAGUCUUUGUCUGGACUGGCCAUGGUUUUGGCAUGCCAUGUCACAGGAAGGUGCUCAUGCAUGCAGUACUGAAGGGAUACUGGGGAAAUGACAGUACAUUCUAGUAUUGAGUGCUUCUAUUGGCCCAUACAUGUAAAAUAAUCUAUAUUUCAUGCCAUUUUCCAGUGUGUAAGGCACAAUAAUUAUAAUGUUUUUGUUUUUUUACAAGCUAUGGAAUCUGGUCCAUGGUUGCCAUUUUAUGUAUGUUGCUGCUUUGCCCUCAGGCAGGCAUUACUUCUGCGUGAAGAAGCUGGUAACUCUGCCUCAGCAGAUACUGUGUGAGCAGGUAAUCCUUAAAUAAUGGAACUGUAAUUGAAAUACCAAACAGUAUUCAGAUCCACAUGCGUAUGUGUUGUAGUGCUAAACUAGAGUGCAAAUGGUGUUGCAGUGAGAUCGUAUUCGUUCAUUCUGAGUGCUGUACGGUCUAGGAGCUGUUUUAACAGUAAUGAGAGAUUCUAUUCUUCAUAGGAACAUUUUGGUGUCAUAUUUUUUUAUGUAUGAUACUGUAUAAACAAACGUGUUCGAACAGUAAGGCAGACUAUUGGUGAACAUGCUGUACCAGUCCAUCAAUAACAGCUGCCAGUAAACACAGAUCAGGGACUGAUUGAUAGAGGUGAUUAGCUGCUCCGCACAUGGCAAUCGCCACCAGAUUUCACAGAUAGUGCACAAGCGGUCCAAGGAUCUGGAGCUGAAGGGAGGGAGGCAGUGUGGUCCAGUGGUUAAAGCUGAAGGACUGGGAGGAAGGCCUGCUGCGUGAUCUAGUAGGUUGAGUUAAGGGACGGUGGGUGGGGCAGCGUGAUUUAGUAGGUAGGGAAUGAAGGAUGACGGAUAUAUGAAGGAUGAGCUAAACAAGGCGAUCUGAGUACGGAUUUCGUCAAAGCCAAGCUAUGUCCCUUACAGCUAUUUGUUAUGUUAUGAUUUAAGAAACACAAAGUUCUGAGACAACAUGGUUUAUUAUAUGCAGCUUUUAAAUACAAAAAAGAAGGGCUGCUAAACUUCAUGGCAGAUAACGGCAAUUCCAAUCCAGUUUUUGUUUGGCCAUGUCUUAAAAAAAAAAAAAAAAAAAGUUUACUUUAUAUUAAAAAAUAAAUAUAAUCAAUGAACUGUAGCCUGACAGAUUUCGUUACAUAGCAUACUAACUCCAGAUUACCUGACGCCUACCAGCUGUGAAUAUUUGCUGUUUCAUGUCUGGUAUUAAACCAGCAGUACUGUCUGUUUUUAGCACCCUUUUAAAAAGAAAAACCUAAAACUAUGAGCAGCACUCAAGCCCAGUUCUGACCUCACCUAAUCAAACAAAUACUCUUUCAACUACAGCCCUGACAACUGUGGGGCAGUAUUGGGGCAAAGUGAACAUGUACAGGCAGCUACUCCAGAUAUGCCUUUCUCAGCAACACCCGAGCUGUGGAACAAUUCAGGUUCACAGUACCCGGUUUCUAUUCUGUUGAAAUGCAGUUCACCACCUUUUAGUUUUAAUUUCUGCUGUUUAGAAUAAGAAAACAUGUACAAAACGAGCUAGUACUAACCACCCUUUCAUUGUAAAAAUAAAGAAAUUAUAAUCUAAUGUCACUGUAUGUUAUGAUGAAUUAAAGAAAAACAACUAUUUUGUUAUAAAUGUUAUACAUAAGAAAUGUACAGAAGUAUUUUGUAAUCUAAAGUCUAAAAAAAAUGAAUAUUGUAAAUACAGUACAAGGCAAAAUAAAGAUAAAUUCCCAGCACAGAACUUGGCACAUUAAAGGAUGUAGAUAUUUUGUAAUUUAUUUAAAAGUAAAAAGUAAAUAAAUAUUUUAUGAUUCAUUUUACAAGGUAAUAAUUGUUAUAGGGAUGAUUAUCUGCCAUUCUGAGAAUCUAACGUCAAACUGCUGUUCCUAUCGCUUGAAAUUCUUAUUUUUUUUUUUUUUUUGCACUAACUUCUCCGAACUCGUCUGCCCCCCUUCUGUUAGCCGAGGUGAGAAGAAAUGUGUGCCUUAGCUGUUCUUUCAUCUUGGGAACUCUUGCUUUUAAUGUCUGCAAAUAAAAAUUGACUUUUAUUAUUUUAUUUUUCCAAGAAAAUUAAAAUAUGUACCACAAACUUGUAUCAUACCAAAAAACUGCUGUUGUAUAUACAAUGCCUUCUGUCUUACUGUUUUAAAAUAAAGUGAUAAAUAAUC